CUGGCCUCCCAGAUGGGUCCUGUGUUGCCCGACACCUGUGACAGUGGAGCACAGCAGUGGGGCCCUCGCAGGGCACUGUGAGUGGGGCAGGGGGGCCGGCCUCACCUCUCACCUUCAGUGCUCAGUGGCCCCAAGACCACCCAGGGCCCAUGCUGCACCCGCCCCCUGGGUGGAGGCUGCAAGAGGCUGCUCCGGGCUCACAGCACCCCCCCCACUGAGUGUCAUCUAGACCCCGGGCGGGGCCAGAGCGGGUGGCGGGGCGGAGAGUGAGGCUACCGCAGUGGGUGGCGGCUGGCGCCAGCUGCUAUAGGAAAUCGAGGCGCAGCCUGACACAGGCAGGAAGUGAGGGGAGCUCCACCUGGGGCCGCACAAAGGCCCCCAGCCUCCAGAUGCCCUGCACCCCUGGCGUCGGUGAGUGCCUGCUCUGGCCUCCAGCCUGGCCCCUGGGUGCCCUCCCUGGGCAGUUGAGGGCUGGGGCCUGGGAGGACCAGGUCAGAGCACUGGGCUCGAGUGGGAAGUCCGUCCCCUGGGUCUGAACACCCCCGUCCUGUGCUAGUGGACUGAAUGUCUGCACUGACCAGGGUGGACCCCUGUGGCUUGCAGCAAGACCCCACAAUGGGACCAUGGCUGACGGGGGGAGGUGGGGAGAGCCUGGGAGAGGCAGGGCCUUCAGUGCCCAAAGCAGCCCCUCUCCGCCUGCUGACCCUGCCUUCCCAGCCCCUCGGGGGGCAAGCUAGUGACUGAGGGGUUGUCACCUGAGACAGAAGCCUUGCCUGGGCACUGUCUUACCUGGACGUGGCUGAACAUGAGUCUGUGGCCCAUGGCUUGCAGGCUCGGGGCUGUGACCUCUGGGGCCUCCCAGGUCUCGGUUUGGGCUAUAGUGGCCACAGUGAGGCCUCAGCCAGGUCCUCGCUGGCCGUGCUCUGCAGUCACAUCGGUUGUCUUCGCUGACCUGGCGAUGCCUGAGGGCCUGGGAGAGCACACGUCCUCACAGCUGACCAGGAGCCCCCAGCCAGAGGCAGGAAAGGAAGCUGGGCGCCGAGACCACGUCCUCUCGGCCUCUGUAGGAGGGAGGGGCUGCCGAGUCUCAGGGUUUCCUGUGUGCUGAGUCAGAGCGCCCGGGGGUGGGAGGCACCCAGCACUGUGAGGCCCCGAGUGGGGCUGCAGGUGGAUGCCUGGACUUCAGUAGGCCCCCAGCACCCACCUUCUGCCCCCAGGCCAGUCCCGGGUUACACAGGAUGGGGCUGCUGGCAUCCUCGGUCCCUCCUGCCCUCUGGGUCCCAGGGUGCCUCGCCCUGCUCCUCUGGCUGUGGGUGCUGUGCACUGCCUGCCCCAGGAAGCGGGUGCAGAGGCAGCCAGCUGGGCUGCAGGGUAGUGUUGCACCCACCAACACGUCAAUGCUGACGCGGCCCCACCUCAGCACCCUCAGCAAGUCGGACACCAGGCUGCAUGAGGUGCACCGGGGCCCACGCCGGGCAGCCCUUCGGCCGGUCAGCAUGGAUCUACUGCGCCCACAAUGUCUGGAAGUGUCCAGAGGCACCAUCAAGCCCCCAGCUGCCUUCUCACACCGGGAACUGCCCCAGACCUUGCCUGCGACCACCGAUGCCCAGCCCUCCCUGGGCCCCGAGGCCACCUAUUCCAAUGUGGGCCUGGCUGCCAUCCCCAGGGCCAGCUUGGCGGCCAGCCCUGUGGUGUGGGCAGGGGCACAGCUGACCAGCAGCUGGGCCAGACCUGGGCCUGAGGCCAGACCAGACCUGCCUGAGUAUGCGUGCAUCCACAAACUGAAGGGAGCAGACCAGGCGCCCCAAGGCCUGGAGCAGGGGAGGGUCCAGGGCACCCCAGCCACUCAGGUGGACAUCCUGUACUCCAGGGUCAACAAGCCUAAAAGGAGGGACCCAGGACCUGCUGCAGACCAGCUGGACCCCCAGGGAAGGGCAGAGAUUCUGACUCUGGGGAGGAGCCUGUCCUAUGAGGUCCUCCCACUCAGAGGCCUGAGCGCUGACCACGCAGACGACUGCAGGCUAGAAAACGUGUAUGAGAGCAUCCAGGAGGUGGGGCUCUCCCGCAGGCCGGCAGCCCCCAGCUCCAGCCCAUAGAUUGGACCUGAAGGCCUCCUGCUCCCCGGCCUCAGCCCGCGCAGAAGUCUAUAACCCACCCCGCCCCCAGCAUCCAAGCACAGAUGUUCUCUCCCCCAGUGUGGGGCCCGGCCCCUAUUCCCUCCCAGUCCUCACACACAGCUGGCAGCCUGAGAGGACCCUGGGGUCCUGGCCACCCCAGCCUCUCCCACCAGUGUUUUAAUAAAUCCCCAGCACGGAGAGGACGAAUGCAGUGCA